AUGGCUCCAAUUCGCUCUCGACGAACUCUUCGCCUGCGCUGGUCGCGUGGCAUCACCAAGAGAAACGCCGCUGAGCGAGUCUUCAACAUCCCAGAGCUGGUCUCUGAGAUUGUCCACUGGCAGGUCCAGGGACUUGGCGACUUUGCCUACGAGAAGUCGCGGGCAUCGGAGGAAAGAAGCAUUGGGUGCGGCCAACGAAGUUUCGGCGAUGGACAUAUGGGCGGGAUAAUCCACCGUCAACGAACCUGGAAGAACACUAUGGGUGCGAUGAACACGCCAGCCGUGUCUCGCUCAUUGGACGUGAUCUUCGCAAAGGUCCCCGCCCACUUCCGCCAACAGUACGCUGACCACGUUGAGCUGGCCUCGCUGGUCACCGUCGACGCCGGGGACGCCCGUGCUGCCGACGCCGCGCUGCGGGAUGUUCGUUUCCCAAAGCUACGGGUACUGAAAUUGUGCGUGCGAGGGAGCAGUCGCGACUCUGACAUUCGGACCCUUAUGGAUGGCGCUCAUAUCCCGCGCAUCCAGGGCGAAUCGGUCACCGUCCUCUCCAUCUGCAGCUAUGGCGGAAGAGAGCCGGAAUGGAGAUGGCCUCUCCAUGGGUUGCCCCAAGAUCGGGCAAAGUUGUUCAGACGGAUUUCGGUUGUGUUUCCGAAUCUCGAGAAAGUCGAGAUCGGACACAACGUCCUUGUCGCCGACAAGGUUGUCAAAAGCUUCGCUCGUCGGCACCCAGCCCUACGGACCCUUGAGCGGCGCCAGACCGAGAAUGAAAUUGUGGCCUUCGAUCUCCAACACGAGUGUGCCCGAGCUCGAGUCUGA